AUGUCUCUUUCUACGACAGAAUUGAAUUAUCUCAUCUGGAGAUAUCUUCAAGAAGGAGGACUCGAAGUUAGUGCGUUUGCCUUACAAGACGAAACAAAGGUGCACGAAUAUGAGGAAAGAUACACAGACAAGAUACCACUUGGGUGCUUGGUAGACCUGGUCCAAAAGGGCAUUCUUUACUACAAAGUCAACGAUAUGGUGCAAAAGGGAGGUGUUAUAGCCUCCGAGGACAUAAUAAACAUGAAUUUCAACCUGUUUAACUCGAUAUCUCAGCCUGCAGCCGGUGUUGAAGAAAGAAAGAUAGGGAGCUCUUCUGUUGUCGCUCCGCAGCCUCAGCAAAAGGCUCUGACCGGUCAGGAGAAUGGAACUGUGGAAGAAGAGCAAGAGUUCACCCCAGUUCUCAAAGAGAGCUUUACUUUCCCAUCCAGUCUCGCAAACAGCUGGAAUCCAAAGAAUUCGGACUCUUUCGCCUGGGGACAGCGAGACUCGACCUCCGCUAUCUGCUCGCUGACCUGGGAAAACGGAUCGGCCAAGUUGCAAUCGAACGUGCUGCCUCAUCCGGCCAAUAGCAAAGAAGUGGUUUCUCUGUCAUGGAGUCCAAAGGGUAACCUUCUUUUAACAGCUUCCGAAAACGGUGAAUUGAGGUUGUGGGACUCAGACGGCUCCAUAAGGUUCAUCAUGGCCAUGCACUCGUCACCCGUUCUUGCCAUCCAAUGGUCUCCAAACGCUUCCUAUCUAUUAAGUCUUGAUAUCACCAACAAAGCUGUGGUAUGGGACUCGCAAACCGGUCAAUCCGUCCAGUACAUUGACAAUUUGGCAGAGACAAACGAUAAAUGUCUAGGGACCGACUCUUGUUGGAUAGACGACUCCAUCUUUGUGCUUCCGGGCUCAAACUACGCUUUGAACGUCUAUCAGCUGGGAGACAGCCAGCCAAUUGGUGUUCUCGCUGGACACUCCGACACCGUUUCCAGUAUUAAGUACAAUAAAGAGCUCCGCCUUUUAUGCUCUGCUUCAGAUGACCAAACAGUGAGGAUCUGGAGAGGAAACUCGAUCAAUUCUUUGCAAGUCUUGUCAGGACAUUCUCAGCCGCUGACCUACCUUGACUGGUGCAAGCUUGGAGGUAAUUGGUAUGUGCUGACAUGUUCGCUGGACGGAUCGCUCAAACUGUGGGAUAUUUACAAAAACAAGACAUUGGACUCCAAACUGGUUGACAACGGGCUGCCAAUCUUGGUGGCCGCUUUGUCGCCAGACUACACCAAGGUGGCUACAGGAGAUUCCGAUGGAAACAUAAUGAUAUGGUCGAUAUUGGCAGACGGACAAUUCAAACAGCUUGGAUUCUUCCAACCAGGAGAAACCAACUCCUCGAAUUUUGCUUCUGCUAUUCACUGGAACUCUUCCAGCUCUCAGGUUUCUGUUUCUUACAGUGAGAGAUCCAGUUGUGUUAUAAAAAUUGUAUAA